AUGGUCGUGGAUUGGAUGGCCUACAGCGCGACGUACAUCAGCGUCCCCACGAUGAUCUUGAGGGAGAAGUGCGAGGACCUUGGCCUCUCCCCUGGCGAUGAGUGCAACUCGUCGAAGGAGGCCCAGGCGCAGCAGGCAGCCUUUAUGGCGAUGUUCUCCCUCUGCACGGGUGCCCCAUCUGUCGCCGUGUGCUCGUUGCUGUCGCACCUCUCCGACGUCAUCGGCAGGAAGCCCAUGUUUCUGCUGGGAAACCUACAGGGCGUCCUCAUGUACGGCGUGCUGCUGAUCAAUGGCGCGAGGGGCGCUUCGACACUCAUUCUCAUUACCUUCAUCAACUUGCUUGGUGGCAUCUACGUCACCGAUGGGGCAAUUUUCGCAUCCGUCGCCGACCUGACCUCCAACAGCAGCGGGCACGACCGUGUGCGCCUCAUGAGCAUCAUCGAGGGGGCGCAGUGGUUCGGCCAGAUCCUUGGCCCACUGAUUGGAGGCCACGUGUCCACUCUCGUGUCCCCGCAGACGUCUUUCAUCGUGCCGACUGCUCUCUACGGUGUCGGUCUGCUGCUCAGCGUGGUGGCGUACCCAGAGACGCUGUCGCACGAACGUCGCGCGACAUUUGACUUUCAGAAGUCGCAUCCGUUCGGCGUUGUCUCCAUUGCGAGGGGGUACCGGCGGUCAAUGAUUCUUGCAUCAGGCUUGUUGUUCGCACAGUGGGGCCUUGGCACAGGCGUGGCCACGUGGCCGAUGUUCACGAAGAACAGCUUUGACUGGAAGAACGACCAGAUCGGCAACAUGGAGGCGCUUUACUUCACAGCGAAUGCAAUGGGGCUGUUUGUCUUGCUUCCUAUUAUCAACAGACACGCCACGCCAAAGGCUGUGAUCACGGCCUCGGCCGCAUGCUCAAUUUUCAUGUGGGGAUGUCACAUCUUAGUCACCGCGGGCUGGAUGAUGUUUCCUCUCGCAUGCCUUGGCAUGUUCUCUGCAAUGCUGUUUCCGCUCAUCCGUGCCGGCAUCGCCACAGAGUUUGGCCCGAGCAUGUACGGGGCCGCGCUCGGUGUCGCGGCGCUGGUGCAGCAGACUGCGAAGGUCGGAGUGCUCCCCGCAGUGGGCCUGGCCUGGCAUGUGAUCCAGGAGAGCGGCCUGCCGGACUACAUUCGCAGGAGCAAGACCGCCAUAAGCAGCUCUUUGUUCCUCUGUACAUGGCGUACGUCAUUGUCACCCUCGAGUACGCCGCGGCGUUCCUCAUUUUCCUGUGGGUGCCCAUCCCCGCCGCCGAUGGCGCGGGCCUACUCCGGAGGGUCUCGGCCGGUGCCGCCGUCGACGCGGUGCCGGCUGCUGCCUCGGAGGUCGACAUGGUUGGUGUGGAGUCGUUUCCUUCGCUGGACGCGUCACGCAGAGGGUCGCAGGUGGCGGCGUCGGGAGCAGACAGGCCGCACUCGUUCCCUCAGGCGAGGCAGUAGCGCUUCUGGUGCAAAACGUGCGAUCAGCCAUCAGCCACGCGUCCAAGCCAUGAGGCUGUCUGCAGGAGAACGUGCCGUGAGUCGUCUUUCUUCCAAGGCGAUGCAGUGGAAGGCAGGGCAGCGCAAUGCAAGGCCUUUCGAAGCAAAGCGGCGCACCACACCACAAUUCAGCACGACGAUGUGC